AUGAUAUUUGUGAUUUGCACGUUGCUCAUUGCGAUGGUACCACAAGGUUUGUGUCAAUGGGGUGGUUGCUUCGGAGGAAUCGGUUGUGGCUAUGGUAUGAUGGGGGGUUAUGGAUAUGGUAUGGGUUAUGGCUAUGGCAUGGGUUAUGGCUAUGGAAUGGGUUAUGGUAUGGGUAUGAUGGGAUACGGUGGUUACGGCUGUUGCGGAAUGUUCGGCAAAUAG